UUGAAGCCCAGGGAAAACUGGACAUGGCCAAAACGGUUGAGAUCAAGUGGAAUAUUGUUUAGACAUAUAAUUUAUGCUAUAAUAUUGUGUAAUCUUCAACGACACGAUCGUCUACACAUCGCAUCGUAAAAACAUUACAUCGUUGUCGAUUUGAUGCGCACACUGCGGCCAUUGCGUUGUCGAUCGCACUAAAGUUUGUCAAGCGCUCGCACGACGCACGUGCACCGCAUGCACUUCUGCUAUGCAAUUCAUCGACUACUUCACAUCGUGCUGCAUCACAUACAUCGCACAACGGCUAGCUAUAGUACGUACUCUUUUGUUUGCGCAGAGUUUGUGACAUCAUUCACCCCAAAGUUAUAAUUCAUUGGGGCAACCCUAUUUUUCCUACUUCUCCUCAUAACAUCAUCUUCCCGCCAAGUCAUCAUCCUCCUACUGUCGCCAACUUCCUCAGCAGAUUGUAUGAAUCUUCGAUUUAAGUAUGUUAUCACUGUAUGUAUCAUAACAAAGGUUGUAUGCUCAGUAAGUGGAACUCUUCUUUAUGUUGUCCAGUCUAAUGACUCCGAGACUGUUCCAAGUUCGAACUUGAAGCUGGUACCUGUACCGACAACCACUACCGUCCUCGAUACCAUAUCCUUUCAUUCUACUGACACUUCUGUCCACAGUCUUAUGAUAGGGAGGCUAGAGAACUCGUAAGUACAGCCUUGCUACUCAUAUUAUCAAGUCGCUGAGACUUCUUAGGAAAAAGCAGGGCGCUGGACGAAGAACAGCGCCUGC